UGGAAUGAAAAGAAAAUCGUUCUAUCCCAUCAAAACGGUAAGUAGCUGUGCGUUUUAGAGGCAAAAUGUAAGAAACAGCGGUAAGACAGACAGAGAAGCUCGAACGGAGAAAAAGAUUGUUUAGACGAAACUCUGUUGCUGUCCGUAUAAUGGCGCCGAGGAAGAGUAAGGGAGAUGGUGAAGAAAAGGCGAAACCUUUAACGACGACGGCGUCGUCUACAGUGACUCAGAGCAUGGGCAGUCGAACUCGAAGUCAGACUCAACAAAACGGUGCUAAAGCGGCUGGAUCCGCCACUAAGCCGGUGAAGCUAGCGUCCCCGAAGAAGGCGAAGAGGAAGAAUUCAGCGAUUGAGACUGGGAGAGCCAAGAAGGGAAAGAAGGAAGUUGAAAAGGAAGAGGAAGAGCCAGAAGUUGAGGAUCCUACGAGGACGAAGAUUGUUAUAGAACACUGUAAACAAUGCAAUGCUUUCAAGACAAGGGCUAUUCAGGUGAAGGAAGGUUUGGAGGGAGCUGUUCCUGGCGUCAAUGUGACUCUGAAUCCUGAAAAGCCAAGGCGGGGUUGCUUCGAGAUCCGGGAGGAAGGUGGCGAAACAUUCAUCAGUCUUUUGGAGAUGAAACGUCCAUUUGCACCAAUGAAGGCACUUGAUAUGGAAGAAGUCAUCGAGGACAUCAUAAAGAAAAUCAAAUGAGGGACAGCUACAGACUGCAAAUAGGCUUUUCUUGUGCCGGUUCUGUUCUAUGUUUCUGCCUCAGUCUCAGUUAAAUCAAUUAGGUUUCUGUAGAAAACUUUCUAGAGCAAUGUCAGGUUCGUUAGGUUCACUUUUAUUGUUUCGGUAUGAGCACUGUAAGUGCAGUCCCGUCGUUUGGCAAUGCAUGAUUGGCUUAGUUGAUAGAGAAUGAACUCUGUAGUUUUUGGGAUUAACUCGUAUUUGUAAGGUUAGUUUUUGAUUUA